CCUUCGUAUCACUUCUGGAGGAACCUCACUCAGGGCAGCACAUAGUCUCUUGACCCUCCGGUAAAGAGGUCACCAAAAGGGACCACCGACAAACCAAAACAAACAAGAAAAAAAAAAAAAAAAAAAAAAAAAACACCUCGACCACACAUCCACUUGGCCACUUCGACCACACGGCCACUUCGAACACGCGACCAUGGACUCCCUACCAAGAGGUCUGGUUGUUAUGGCCAAGGGCGCCACGCAAGCCCCCGACGUGUUUCUGGAAAGUUCGACGUCGACAAGCACAGGAGAACCCGAAGGAAAUGACUACGAACGCCGCUUGCCAAACUGGGUCGAUUUCCUGGUGCUUGGGCUGUACUUCGCCUUCGUGCUUGCCAUUGGCUUGUAUUCGUCAUGGAGGACAAAGAGAGGCAGCGUUUCCAGCUAUUUCCUCGCCUCCAGAAACAUGCACUGGAUCCCGGUCGGAGCGUCUCUCUUCGCGAGUAACAUCGGCUCGGGUCACUUUAUCGGGCUGGCGGGAUCGGGGGCUGCCUCUGGUAUCGGUAUCGGCGCCUUCGAGCUCAAUGCCAUCUAUGUGCUUAUGCUUCUCGGUUGGAUCUUCGUCCCUGUGUACAUGAGCUCAGGAGUUUACACAAUGCCCGAGUAUCUUAGGGAGAGAUUUGGAGGCCAGAGGAUUAGGAUUUACUUGUCUGUCCUGGCUCUAAUCUUAUACGUCUUCACUAAAAUUUCGGCCGAUCUGUACGCUGGAGCGCUCUUUAUCCAGACAGCCCUGGAUAAAGGAGACUCUACCGAAUGGCUCUACCUCAGUAUCCUUAUCCUCCUGGCCAUCGCUGCGCUGUUCACUAUUACCGGAGGUCUAACGGCUGUUAUAUGGACCGACUUCGUACAGACUAUCUUGAUGCUCAUUGGCGCCUUCAUACUGAUGGGAAUGUCUUUCCACGCGGUCGGCGGUUACAACGCUCUAGUUACCGACUACUUCCACGCGAUCCCGACCAACACGGUGUACACGGCCGACAACCUGACGAACUGCGGCGAGCCCCCUGCCUAUGCCAUGGACUUGUUCCGGUCUAUUGUACCCGGGGAGUCGGAUCUGCCCUGGACGGGUAUGCUCUUCGGGGUGACCAUCUCGGGUAUCUGGUACUGGUGCACGGAUCAGGUGAUCGUGCAGAGAACUCUCUCCAGCAGGAACAUGAUUCACGCCAAGGCAGGUUGUGUCCUUGCCGCCGCCUUGAAAUUCCUCCCUAUGUUCCUCUUGGUGUUCCCGGGAAUGGCGGCUAGGAUCCUCUUCACAGACCGCGUGGCUUGCGUUGUGCCCGAGGAGUGUAAAGCUGCCUGUGGAAGUACAUCCGGUUGUACGAAUAUCGCUUACAUUGAGUUGGUGCUUCGACUCCUUCCGACGGGUCUCUGCGGCCUGAUGCUGGCUGUGAUGAUGGCCGCCCUCAUGUCCUCCCUCACCUCCAUCUUCAACUCGGCGUCGACCAUCUUCACCAUCGACAUCUGGACGAGGAUUCGACGAGGAGCCACAGACGUCGAACUCCUCAUCGUCGGCAGGGCCUUCGUCCUCGUCCUCGUCGUCAUCUCCGUCAUUUGGAUCCCCGUUAUCCAGGGCUCAGCAAAUUCCCAGCUGUUUGUUUACAUCCAGAGUAUUUCCUCUUUCUUGUCUCCUCCGAUCUGCGCUGUCUAUCUCCUCGCCAUCUUCUGGUCCAGAACCACGGAACCGGGAGCGUUCUGGGGCCUCAUGAUCGGCUUGGUCAUAGGACUCAUUCGGUUCAUCAUGGAAUACGCGUUCGUCAUCCCACCAUGCGGAUCAACCGACCCGGAUCCUCGGCCGGACUGGAUCAAAAUCUUGGUCGGGAAUGUCCAUUAUCUCCACUUCGGCUGCAUUCUGUUCGUGAUCGUGCUCGUGGUCACGGUCGUCAUUUCCUAUCUCACGGAGCCGAUCCCUGCUGAAUGUCUCCACCGCCUCACUUUCUGGACGCGGGAGAGCACCGAGGUGAGGGUGUCCGUCCGCGAGUGGAUGAACAAGAAGAAGGACGCCGCGGCCUACACGAACGAGGGCGCGGUGGCGAACGAGGGCGGGGAGGUCGUGUCGGAGAAGGUGGUCGAUGGGGUGGCGGUCGUGUCGGAUAAGGUGGUCGAAGGGGCGGCGGUCGUGUCGGAGACGAGGAAUGCGUCGGUCGCCAGCAGUGUGGAAGAACUCCCCGUGUGGCGAAAGGCGCUCAACUGCGUCUGCGGAGUCGAGACGCAGAAGGUGUCCCAGGCGCAGGAGGAGGACCCCGAGGACCACCUCACGCCGGAGGAGAAAGCCACCAGAGCCGCCGCGUUCCUGCAGGAGAAGAGACCGUGGACUAAUGUUGUAGACGGAGCAUCUAUACUGGUCAUGUGUAUUGCUGCGUUUCUGUGGGGUUACUACGCCUGAAAGAAUAGUCACACCGGUUUAGACUGCUGUGUGUUAUUAAGCCUGUAAUAAUAGGCACAGUGAUCUAGAAAAAUAAAACAAAAAGUAUGAGAACUUUUUGCAAGAUUUAUAUGAUUAACAAAGCUCACUAGUAUAAUUCGUUUUCUAAUUUACGUUGUAUAUUCAAAAUGUGUAAAAAAUAUAAGUGUAUUGUACAUUUUCUUGUGCUGUAACAUUAAACAAAGAUAUAUGUAUGUGUGUGUGCUGUGUGUGUAUUUAUGUAAAUAAAGAGCUACAAAACAGAA